GUUUCACUCUUUUACGACUGAAAGAGCAAUCAUUGGUGUUUUCUGAAAAGUCUCACAUGGGUUAUCUUGAUCAAGGUGUGCCCAUGGAAUCUUCGAAGAAGAGGAAGACUAGAGGUGAAGGAUUGUCUGUGGCUGAGACAUUGGCCAAGUGGAGAGACUAUAAUGCCCAGCUUGAGUCUUCUGGUGGUGAUGUGAAACGUACUCGUAAACAUUCCAAAGGGCCAAAGAAGGGGUGUAUGAAAGGAAAAGGAGGGCCUGAGAAUUCAGGGUGUAAUUACAGAGGGGUUAGGCAAAGGACUUGGGGUAAAUGGGUUGCGGAGAUUCGCGAACCAAAUAGGGGAAAGAAACUCUGGCUUGGGACUUUUGAUACUGCAGAUGAUGCUGCCUCUGCUUAUGAUGAAGCCGCUAGGGUGAUGUAUGGUGCCUCAGCUAGACUCAAUUUUCCAGAGAAUGUUUCCACUGUGUCAGGUCCUACUCCUGCAGGAUUUGAGGCUUCUGCUGAUGAAGAAAUUCAUUAUGCUGUCACGGAAGCUGCUAGUUUGGUGGAGAUAGACGUAACGGACGAGUCUACAGCUAUGCCAAGUACAAGUAGUUUGGUAAAGGAAGAAUCUACUGGAGAUAAUGGACAGAAGGAAUUGCUGGCUUAUUCUGAAAAUGAGUUAUUUGAUGAUGCAGAACUUAUGGCACUAUUCGAAGAUAUUCCUCUUGACUUCACGUAUUCAGUACUGGAUUUUGGUUUUGAUGUGAAUCAACUUGGAUUCCCUGACAAUGAAGCUGACAUGCCAAGUUUGGUGGACACAGAAGGAAAGGAUGAGCUUGUAAAUGAAUAUUUUGAUGUGGAUAUGGGAUAACUUGGG